AUGAGUUCGAAUUUUCAUACAUCGUCGAAGCCACUCAAAGAAGUGGAUAUAAGGCCACCGGAAAACACAGUUAAGGGCGCAGUGAAAUUGGACCCAUCAAUUGGGAAAUAUGUAGACGAAGAAUUUGGUAUUAGAGAGGGAUCCAACAUGACUUGGACGUACGUUACAUUUGAUAAACAGAACGAAGUACUUAACGAUCUUAUCACUCGCCUUAGCGUUGAACUGAAGUUACCUCAAGCGGAAAAGAAUUUAUAUGCGCUGAGAUUUGAAGAUCGCGAAAAUGAUGGCGCUUUUCUGACGAAUGAAAAUCGAAGAAUGAUACGUCAAGGAUUUAUGCUAAUUUUGACAGCGUCACCGGAACGAUAUGCGUUAUUCAUUUUAUCACGUCUUCGACGUGCAGUGCCUCAACAAUAUGGCUUUCAAUCUAUUUUAUCGGAAUUAAUUGCCGUUUGUGGUGACAUCGCAUUUGCUGUUGAAUUUCACCGACUUGGUGGAAUUAAAUUAAUCUUUGAAAUGAUUGAAAGUGGUCUUUAUUCAGAUGAUGUGUCAGUUCAGUCGCAGUUGCUUCAAGCGUUAUUGAUUCUCAUGGAUCAUUCAGGUCUUUUUUUGUGGACCGAUGUUUCUGAUAUUUUUAUAGCAAAGAUUGCUGAGAAUAUAACGGGUCGUGCAAAACAGGAGGAUAAUACACUUUUAUUAUCAUCACUUAGUAUUCUUGAUCUCAUUCUUAAUUCCAAAAGUGAAUCUAAAAUGGUUGUUGUUCUUCGAGAAGUGCCCUUCGAAUCACUUAUUCGACAUCUAGAAAAAUCAGACGAACGAGUUCUCCUAAAUGUGUUAACACUCAUGAAUUCAUUAUAUAACAAAGCUAGCAGCGAUGAGCGAUCCAUUAUUAUUGAACAUCUGCUCAGUAAGCCGUUCCGUCUCGCGAUUGAAAAUUCUGUGCUACGAAAAUGCAGUCAUUUAGAUGUCGGGAUCGAACAACAACUUAUAACUGUGCAACGCAUUCAAUUCAAUAAAUUAGCUCAGAAAGCAAUGCGACAACCUUCUGAUGCUGAUAUUGAACGUAUUAUGCAACUGAAAAUAUUUAAUGCUGAAAUUAGUCGGUCGCCAAGUUUUGAGAAUGUGGAAGAAAUCCGAGCGGAUUGGAGUUGUUUUAUGAACGCGCCUCCUGGUGUUUUAGCUUUGGAACUUAUCAUUGCUCUCGCUGCUCAUCAUCUUGAUUCACUUACUAAAAUAAACAUGGAAAAUUCAAUGCGAAUCGAUGGUCAUUCUUGGUCAUUCCCUGUUGUUACUUUCCAUCUUGUUAAUAUGCUAAUUGAUAUUUUGCAUAUUAUAAAAGAACCUGAGGAAGGUGAUCGUUUAUAUGUCAUGUUAUUUAAAAGCGAUCGUCCUUUCAUUGAUUUGUUUGCUGUAAUGAUAAGACUUUUUCAUCGAACCUGGUAUGAAAUGAAUGCUAGUGAUGAAGAUAUCAAAAAAGUAUCAGCAAUAGUUCGGAAACAGAUGGAUAUUUGCCUUCGAGAAAGGCCGGAAACAAUCGAGAAAUUAGAAGAACUUCUCAUUCAUCAUUCAUAUUCUUAUAUGCAAAAGUUGUGGGAUGGUGAAAGAAGUGCCAAAGAAGCAGAAGAAUUGCAAAGUGAUGCCGUGAAAGAACUGCGCAAACAUUUAAGGCCUUCAAUUGUUGAUUUAAUAAAAAAGAAUAGAAAAAAUGCUUUAAAAAAUGGCUAUACGUUCGGAAAAUUAUCGAAGAGCAAGUCUCUCCAGAAGGGCCAACAGUUUUGGCAUUGGAAACUGGAUUCAAAUGAGAAAACAUUUCUUUAUACCGAUUGCGCUACAGCUGAUGGAAAUAUUACCGCUGAUCCUUUAACGACCGUUAAAGUAGCAGUUUCUGAAAUACAAAAAAUUGCCACUAGUACCAGCGGAGAUUUGUUGUUGGCUAGUCCAAAAGGUAAAAAAAGUAUUGUUGUCAGGGGUCUUAUGUUAGAAGUUGGUGAUAAACCAGAAGUUUAUUAUUUAGUAACAUCGGAUGAACAAAUUAUCGAUAUGUGGGCUGAUGGAUUCAAUGCUUUGAUUGGUGUUGACCACCUUUCAACAGAAGCUGAACAACAAGUUGAUCGAUUUUUAAAUAUAGAACUAAAAAUGCGUUUACUACACCUUGAUCGCAUUCCAAAUUCUUUCCAAAUUCCACCAUUACCCUCGAAUUUCGAUUGGAUUUCAUCAAGGAAAUUAUAA